CAGUAACUGCUCUAGAUUUUUAUUUUUUUUAUUUUGGACGCAGCAAAUAUGCCCAAAUUACCAGCAGUUGGCAUUGAUCUUGGUACAACCUAUUCGUGUGUCGGGGUCUUUCAGCAUGGCAAAGUGGAGAUCAUUGCCAACGAUCAGGGCAAUCGGACCACGCCCAGCUACGUGGCCUUUACGGAGUCGGAGCGUCUCAUUGGCGAUGCAGCCAAAAACCAGGUGGCCAUGAAUCCAAAUAACACAAUCUUCGAUGCCAAGCGGCUGAUUGGACGCAAAUUCGACGACGCAACGGUGCAGAGCGACAUGAAGCAUUGGCCCUUCGAGGUCAUCUCGGACAAUGGCAAGCCUCGCAUUCGAGUGGAGUACAAGGGAGAGAAGAAGAGCUUCUAUCCGGAGGAGGUGUCCUCCAUGGUGCUAACAAAGAUGCGAGAGACCGCCGAGUCGUACCUGGGUGGCACGCUGACCGAUGCAGUGGUCACUGUGCCGGCCUAUUUCAAUGAUUCGCAGAGGCAGGCCACCAAGGAUGCGGGAGUCAUAGCCGGACUCAAUGUGCUGCGCAUCAUCAAUGAGCCAACGGCGGCAGCCAUUGCCUACGGCCUGGACAAGCAGGGCGACGGUGAGCGCAAUGUGCUCAUCUUUGAUCUGGGCGGCGGCACCUUCGAUGUCUCCGUGCUGACCAUCGAGGAUGGCAUCUUUGAGGUGAAGGCCACGGCGGGCGACACCCACUUGGGUGGCGAGGAUAUCGAUAAUCGCAUGGUCAAUCAUUUUGUGCAGGAGUUUCAGCGCAAGCACAAGCGAGAUCUUGGCCCGAAUAAGCGUGCUCUACGCCGCCUGCGUACGGCUUGUGAGCGGGCCAAGCGCACACUCUCCUCCUCCACGCAGGCCAACAUCGAGAUCGACUCACUCUUCGAGGGCAUUGACUUCUAUACAUCCGUGACGCGUGCCCGCUUCGAGGAGCUGAACGGAGAUCUGUUUCGAAGCACCAUGGAGCCGGUGGCCAAGGCGCUGCGGGAUGCCAAAAUGGACAAGGGUCAGAUACAUGACAUUGUGCUAGUGGGCGGCUCCACGCGGAUACCCAAGGUGCAGCGCCUGCUGCAGGACUUCUUCAAUGGCAAAGAACUGAACAAGUCUAUAAAUCCGGACGAGGCUGUGGCCUAUGGCGCGGCCGUCCAAGCAGCCAUACUGCACGGUGACACAUCCGCGGCCGUGCAAGAUCUGCUGCUGCUCGAUGUCACGCCACUCUCGCUGGGUAUCGAGACAGCUGGCGGGGUGAUGACAGCGCUGAUCAAGCGCAACUCCACCAUACCCACCAAGCAGACGCAGACCUUCACCACCUAUGCGGACAAUCAGCCGGGCGUUCUGAUACAGGUGUUCGAGGGCGAGCGAGCCUUGACCAAGGACAAUAACAUUCUCGGCAAAUUCGAGCUGUCGGCCAUACCGCCCGCACCGCGAGGCGUGCCCCAAAUCGAGGUUACCUUCGACAUCGAUGCCAAUGGCAUACUCAACGUGACCGCGGCUGAGAAGUCGACGGGCAAGGAGAAUCGCAUAACCAUCACGAAUGACAAGGGACGACUGUCCAAGGAGGAUAUCGAGCGUAUGGUCAAUGAAGCCGAAUCGUAUCGCCAGGCGGACGAUGAGCAGCGCCAGCGCAUUGAUGCCAAGAACCAGCUGGAGUCCUACUGCUUCCACAUCAGAUCCACGCUGGAUGAUGAGCAGCUGCGCAGUCGCAUCAGCGAUGCCGAUCGACAGACGAUUGUCCAGAAGUGCGAUGAGACCAUCAGCUGGCUGGACGCCAACCAGCUGGCCGAGAAGCCCGAGUUCGAGCACAAGCAACACGAGCUGGAACGCAUCUGCAAUCCCAUUUUGACCAGGCUCUAUCAGAGCGCAGGCGUGCAGCCGCCUCCUGCCCAAAGCACCAGCGGUGGAGGCAGUGGCGCCGGCGGAUUAGGCGGUCCAACCAUCGAAGAAGUCGACUGAAAUGACAAUCGAGCGCCUUGCCGCAUGUUGCAAUCUCUUCGUUAGCCUUAUCCAAAUUAUAGAGUAAAUGUGGAAAUAUUGGAAAUAAAAAUA